CAUGACACCAUUACAAGUAUUUCUCUUCUUCAUUCUCUUCUCCUCCUCCUCCUCCUCCAAAGCUGAUCUCCUUCAGGACUUCUGCGUUGCAGACCUCAACUUCCCCCAAGGCCUGGCAGGAUAUCCCUGCAAGAGCCUCUCCAAUGUCACCGUCGAUGACUUUGUCUUCACAGGCUUCCGUAACCCCGGGAACACCUCAAAUAUCAACAUGUUAUCUAUAACACCAGCCUUCGUUGCUCAGUGGCCGGCAGUGAACGGCCUUGGUAUCUCAGUAGCGUACGUUGAGAUGGCACCUGGUGGCCGAGUCCCGGUCCACACCCACCCUGGUGGCACUGAGCUCAUUGUGGUCACUGAGGGGACAAUCAUAGCCGGUUUCAUUUCAUCAUCAAACAAAGCUUACACCAAAAAAUUGGAAGCCUUUGAAGCCAUGAUCUUUCCUCAAGGUUUGCUGCACUUUCAAGUGAAUGCUGGGAGUGUUAAGGCCAAGCUUUUAGUGAGCUUCAGUAGUCCAAACCCUGGAGUGCAAAUAAUCUCCACAGCGUUGUUUGGGAAUGACUUGUCAUCUGAGAUAUUGGAGGAGGUGAGCUCUAUUGAUGUUGCUGAAGUGAAGAAGCUCAAGGCCAUGUUUGGAGGAACAAACUAA